AUGGGUUUUCUUUCUAUAAGUUUAAUUUUAUUAUUACUUGUUAGUGUUUUAUACUUAGUUAGUUUUUGGGUUAGUUCUACCAAUCGUACUAUGGAAAAAUUAUCAGCUUAUGAAUGUGGAUUAGAACCAAUGGGUGAUGCUCGUAUUAAAUUUGAAAUUUUAUAUUAUGUAAUAGGUAUUUUAUUUUUAAUUUUUGAUCUUGAAAUAAUUUUUUUAGUUCCUUUAGCUGCUAUUAUUUUCAAUUUUCAUUCUUUUAUUGGGUUUUCAAUGAUUUUUAUUUUUAUUACUAUUUUAACAGUUGGUUUUAUUUAUGAAUGGUUAAUGGGUGCUUUAGAUAUAACUGCUUAA